GUGGAGGUUUUCUUCUAUUUGAUUCUCUUCAUUUCGAUAAUGUUUUUGGUGAGUCGAAAAACGUGCGGAAUAACAAACAGUCGUGUUUGUUUGUUAGGAAAAACGGCAAUUGUCACUGGUGGAAACGCAGGAAUCGGAUACCACAUCGUGGAGAACCUGGCGUCGAGAGGAUGUCGAGUGAUAAUCGCGGACAAGGAUGACACGGAAAAAACGAAAAAUCAAAUAAUCCGAACAACCAAGAAUCCGAACGUGAUCGUCAAAUAUUUAAAUCUUGCAUCGUUCGAGUCGGUGAGAAAGUUCGUCGAAGAAAUUUAUAAAACUGAGGAUCGGCUAGAUAUACUUAUCAAUAAUGCCGGAGUGGCGGUUAGUCAGGAAAUUGUAAGCGAAGACGGUCUUAAUGCCGCGUUCCAAGUCAACCAUUACGGACCGUUUUUGUUGACACAUUUGUUAGCAGAUUUGUUAAAGCGUUCGUCGCCAAGCCGUAUAAUCUUCACCAGUUCCGCGUACGCCUUCUUCAGCACUCUAACGCCGGAUAAAAUGAAUCCGACCGACUACGAAUUCGGAAACCUGAUCCGCCACCAUGAGAUCUAUGCGGACAGCAAAUUGUGUGCGAUCGUGGCAGCGCAGCAGUUCGGACGUCGACUGCGCAGCUUUGGUGUGACCGCGAACGCCGUCCAUCCCGGCUGCGUCCGGACUGGGAUCCUAAGAUGGGAACUUUUGCGUGAAAAAUGGUGGCUCAUUGGAAACUGGAUCGUUUGGGAAUUAUUGACGCACGUUGUUGGAAAGAAUGCUUGGGAAGGAUCUCAGACCAGUGUUCAUUUGGCGAUCGACAACGGAUUGGACAUGGUCAGUGGAAAACUCUUUUUUGACUGUACGGUUUCUCCUAUUUUACCUUUGAAACUUUACGACGACGAUUUUUGUGUGGCCGUCUGGAAAAAGUCCCAACAGCUUUGUGGUUUAACAGAUAAUGAAAUAUCGUUGUUAUCCCUCGAAAAUUAAAACUGUACAACGUGCAUAAUAAAUAUUACUUUGGAAUGAA